AUGCACCCGCUACAGCCUCCCCCGUGUCGCCGCGCGAUAAUACACCUUCUUGCUGACGCGGUAAGGUACGGUUUGGAACGUCCGGGCCGUUCAUUGUACAGCUACGCCCGGGGCUCGAGGUGCACCGGCCCGGGCGAGCUACGUCGUCAAAGCGACAUCGGAUCGGUGAUCGAACAUUGGCACGGCUCCAACUCGCUGCUGCCCAAGAAUAUGUUACGUUACAACCACGCUAAUCUAAUAUGGACUCUGUUCCUGGGCAGUUUUGUCUCAUUU